CAAAGUUUCGGUGUUGGCUGUCGUGGGCCAUCCGAUUUGUUCCUAUACAGAUGUCACUGUUAUCUCUGUUGGACAUCCGCCUUAUCUUCAUCAACCUUCCAUCAAUCCCAUGCGGUGCGAAUCUUUCGUCCGCGGGCGAAAAUCGUAGGCGAUGUUGACAAAGUUUGAGUCCAAAAGCAAUCGGGUCAAAGGAUUGGCUUUCCAUCCCCAUAGGCCGUGGAUAUUAACGAGCUUGCAUAAUGGCGUCAUUCAACUUUGGGAUUAUCGCAUGGGAACAUUACUGGAUCGAUUUGAUGAACACGAUGGUCCGGUUAGGGGAGUGGAUUUUCAUCACGUUCAACCAUUGCUUGUAAGCGGCGGGGACGAUUACCGUAUCAAAGUUUGGGAUUAUAAACUUCGAAGAUGCCUAUUCACCCUUCUUGGGCACUUGGAUUACAUUCGCACAGUAAAUUUUCAUAGCGAAUAUCCAUGGGUUGUCUCUGCAAGCGAUGAUCAAACUAUCCGUAUCUGGAACUGGCAGAGUCGCUCCUGUGUCAGCGUUUUAACCGGACACAACCACUAUGUUAUGUGCGCAUCGUUUCAUCCUAAAGACGACAUGAUCGUCUCUGCAUCCUUGGACCAAACAGUGCGUGUUUGGGACAUCACUGGAGCUGGGAAUGCAAGUGCGAGCAGCGUUGUUUCACGAGUUAAUGCAGAUCUCUUUGGUGGCAAUGACGCAAUUGUGAAAUAUGUUCUCGAGGGUCACGACCGCGGCGUCAACUGGGCUUCGUUUCACCCGACACUCCCAUUGGUUAUCAGUGGCGCAGACGAUAGGCAAGUGAAAUUAUGGCGCAUGAAUGAGACAAAAGCCUGGGAGGUUGACACAAUGCGAGGUCAUAGCAACAACGUGUCCUGUGUCGUGUUCCACCCAAAACAUGAAUUGAUCGUAUCCAACUCCGAAGACAGAUCUAUACGGGUUUGGGAUAUCUCCAAGAGGCUCGGUGUCCAAACAUUUCGGCGGGAGAAUGAUCGCUUUUGGAUCCUUGCGGCACAUCCAGAACAGAACCUGCUAGCUGCUGGGCACGACUCAGGGAUGAUUGUUUUCAAACUUGAGCGUGAAAGACCGGCGUUUGCUUCUUACUCUGGUCGGAUGUUUUAUGUGAAAGAACGUUAUUUGCGCGUGCAUGAAUUCGGAACCAGCCGAGAUGUUCCAACUCUCUCCUUGCGUCGUGCCGGGCACUCUCAGGGUGGGCUUGGUAGUGGACCUCGGUCAUUAGAAUACAAUGCAAUGAACCCUGCUGAAUGCAACCUACUUCUAUUCUCCGAUCAUGAUGGAGGUACUUUUGAGCUCCUUGCCUUCUCCGAAGACACCACCACCUCGAGUCAGACCGAGCAUACGGACUCGAAACGCGGGUUGGCGCUAUCUGCUGUAUUCCUCGCCCGAAAUCGCUUCGCGAUCCUAGAUAAAAAUCGACAGAUAAUUAUCAAGGACCUCAGCAACGAGAAACGCAAGAGUGUUGCCCCUCCAAAUCCCAGCACAGACUGCAUGUUUUUUGCUGGGACUUCUGGUCGACUUCUUUUACGAUCGGAUGAUAGAAUCAUGCUUUUUGAGCCACAAUCUCGAAGGGUCCUUGCUGAACUUCAAGUUGCGCGGAUAAAAUAUGUCAUUUGGAAUCAGGAUUGUAGUCACGUUGCUCUAAUAAGCAAGCAUGGCAUAACCAUUGCAUCGCGAGAUUUGGAGCAGUUGUGCAGUGUAAGUGAAACUGUGCGAGUUAAAAGUGGGGCCUGGGAUAGCUGCAACCGCAUUUUCUUGUACACUACCCUGAAUCACGUUAAGUAUUGCCUAGCCAACGGUGAUACGGGCAUCAUUCGAACCCUCGAUGUUCCGGUCUAUAUCACCAAGGCACACCAAAAACAAUUGUACUGCCUUGAUCGUGAAUACAAAAUUCGCAUCAUCUCUGUGGAUAACACAGAGGCCCUGUUUAAACUUGCCUUAGAGGAUAAGAAUUAUCCAGAGGUGAUGAAUAUGAUAAAACACUCACGGCUCUGCGGUAGGGCGAUAAUUGCGUAUCUCCAAGACAAGGGUUUCCCUGAAGUUGCCUUACAUUUCGUAGAUGAUUUGAACACUAGGUUUAAACUUGCGCUUGCUUGUGGAAAUAUAGAGGUGGCCAUGAACACCGCGUAUGAGAUAGGAGACGAUCGGUGUUGGCAUCAACUCGGAGUUGAGGCUCUGCGCCAGGGCAACCACCAAGUGGUUGAGAUGUCGUAUCAACGUACAAAAAACUUUGAACGGUUGUCUUUUCUAUACCUUCUGACCGGCGACACAGAGAAACUGCGAAAGAUGUUAAAAAUAGCAGAGAUGCGGAUGGACAUAAUGGCGCGAUUUCACAAUUCAUUGUUUCUUGGUAGUGCCCCUGAGCGUGCCCGAGUGUUGGAACAGGCUGGGCAAUUGCCCUUAGCUUACUUAACUGCUUCGACUCAUGGACUAUGGGAUGAGGCUGAACGUUUGAAGGACCUAAUACAUAGCGCUGGUCUGCCAGUUCCACUGUUGACUUGCAAAUCUGAGCUCAUACAACCACCGACACCCAUUCUGCGUGCCGACAACUGGCCUCUGCUUGCGGUUCCAAAACACAAUCUGUAUAACUCAUAUAGCGAAUCAGAUAAACACACCAAUAGUGAAUUAAUUGACAAUGGGGGGACUCCAGGAUGGGAUGCAGACCUUGAUAUACAUGAUUCUGACAACGAGAUCAUGAACGACCUAGACGAACAUGACAAUGAUGCAACUGAUGGAUGGGGCGACGAUCUAGACAUUGGAGAGGAAACGUUGGAUGACAACAUCGGGUCGAAGGAUGACUUAUCCCCAGGAACUCUGGGGCCAUCCAAUGGCUUCAUAGUCCCUAUUGCUGGCGUAUCCAUUCGAGCACGCUGGUGCAGUAAUUCCGCACAUGCAGCUGAUCACGCCGCCGCUGGAUCUCUUGGAACAUCUAUUAAUUUUCUGAAUCGCCAAAUAUCCUUGGUCAAUUUUGUACCUUUACGAACUCGCUUCAUGCUCGUGCAUGCUGCAGCCUCCUGCUCUGUGCCAGGGUUAUCUCUAUCUUCCCCCCUGGAAUCUCUCGUGCAACGAAAUUUCCCAGGUGACAACAAUGUCGACAUGAGUUGCUUACCAGGUAUUGCAAUUUCGAUGACACAUCUGAUAGACUCAUUGAAAUCUGCAUAUCGCUUAUUCCAGAAGUGCAGUUUCCAGGCAGCAAAGGACAAAUUUAAUCAUAUCCUGCUUUCAAUUCCAUUGAUUAUAGCUGAAAGCAGAUCAGAUUCUAAUGAGGUGAAAGAGUUGUUGGACAUUUCUCGUGAAUACAUCACAGCUGUCCGCUUAAAGGGCGCAAAUGCCGCUGAGAACGGUGUUCGCCAAAUAGAGCUCGCAGCUUACCUCACGCACUGCAACCUGCAGCCAGCUCAUCUGGCAUUGACAUUAAAUCUGGCUAUGUCUCAGGCAUACAAAGGAGGAAACUUUAUCACAGCAGCAGCAUUUGCUCGUCGCAUAUUAGAUUUACCAGAUGGGAAAGCAGAAUUUCACAAGAUGGCGAGGCGCGUCCUUCAAAAAAGUGAACAAAAUGCACGCAACGAGCUGAAGCUUAAUUAUGAUGAACGAAAUCCUUUUGAAAUCGAUUGUCGUGAAUUAGAUCCAAUAUAUCGUGGAACUUCGCUGUUGAGAUGUUCUUUUUGUAGAUCCGCAUACACUUGUAAGAUGAAAGGUCAGCUUUGUACGACUUGCAAUGUAGCAUUGGUUGGAAUCGAAACUCUUGGACUUGUCACGCAAGCGCAAAGCAAAGGGUGAUAGCCGCGUUUCUUAUCAUCUUUAGUAGUUUCAAGCAUGUUAUCUAUCUUCGGCUUGCGCAUAUCCAUCUGCCAUCGCCAUAAAUACUGAUACGGACGUCACGUGACUGAAGAUGCGGCUGCAGAUUCUAGGUGCAUGCGAUCAAGCGUUCGUCCUUGGGUGCCAAAUAAUCCUAUUAGCGAAACAUGACAUAUUAUAUACUAGUCCCAAUUAAGCCACUGCACAUGCGCAAAGGAUCAACAUAAAACCACCUUUCCGGCCCGUUACGGCGGCCAAUAUCGCCUGAAAAUCAGCUCCGUCCGUUCUCCCGACUCCUCGUGAAGCCCUGCGGCCCACACACUGCCUCGCACCGGCUUCUGGCGGCCACAAAUAACUUCAACAUGGGGUUGUAUGUUCAAUUUGAACUUCAAUAUGGGGCCGGGCAUGGCGCGUUUUAGCCACUUCUCUGCUCCGGGAUUGUGUGGAUAAACCAGAAGUGUAUACGGCUCCCGAUGCUGCGAGGAGUCGACUUAACUCAACCCUUGGAUGUUAGUAGAAACCAUAUGACCC